AUGAGUUUGUAAGAAUAGCUUCUUAAUGUGAUCCAUGGUGUGUUCUCACCAGAUAAUGCCACCAGAUAAAAGGCAGAGGAGUUACUAGCCUAAUAUAGAGAUUCUUAGCCAAGUGAAUUUGUCACAUCAAUGCUCCAUCUAUGCAGACAUGAAGAAUUAAAAAUCAGAUAAUUUGCUCCAGUGUAUUUGAGAAACUCACUCAGUAACUAUUCACCCAAGAGUCAUAAAAAUGUAUGGAGCCUUCUCACUCCAGAGACUUAGGAAAUUGUUAAAGUGUCACUCUUCUAAUUGUUGGAGCUUGAAACUAGUUCUAAUGUGAGAAGUCAAUUGUGUGAUACUAUAGGAGAACUUGGAGGAUCACUCUUCGAAGAUGAAACAAAAAAUUCAUGGCCUAAUCUCUUAUAAACAUUAUGGUAAUUGUUCUUAUCCCCAAAAAAUGACUUGAUUGAAUGUGGAUUCAAGAUAUUGGCCAAUCUUUUCACAUAUGCUAUAGAUCUAUUCAAUAAACAUUAAGCCGAUCUUCACACUCUAUUCAUCUAAGGACUUGCUAGUCCAGAUUAAAAGAUUAAAACAGCAACAAUCUAAUCAAUUGGUAAUUAUGUAACAACAUCUGAACCCAAAUAAUACAGAGCAUUCUAAGAUCUCAUUCCAAACCUUAUGUAAUCUGCUUUGGCUGUUACAGUGUAAGAUCAAACUUUAGGAGAAGAAAUUAUGGAAACCUUUUCUGAUAUCAUUGAUGCUGAACCAAAGUUCUUUAGAAAACAAAUCAACGUAUUUUUCAAUGGAAUCGCAGCUAUUUUCAGAGAAUCUCAAAUUGAAUAAGGAUUGAAGAGAAUUGGAACAGAAACUUUAAUAAGUUUAGCUGAAAAAUUCCCAAGAGUUUUUAAACAAGACAAAUAAUACUUGAGUCAAUUGGUAGAAAUGAUUUUCUUCCACAUGAUCCAAAUUAGUUAGACAGUAUCUGAGGAAUGGAUGAAGCCAGCUGAAGGAUUUAAUGAUGAUAUAUAAUAGGAUGAAGAUUGUGAAACAACAAGAUUUGGUAUGUCUUCAAUUGAUAGAUUGAUUGAAUCAAUUGGUGAUAAGGAAAUGUUACCAGUAUUAAGUCCAAUAGUUAAUUAAUUAUUACAACAUCAAGAUUGGAGAUAUAAAUAUGCUGCAAUUUUGGCAUUAUCAUAAGUUGGUGAAUACAUAGAGGAAGUAGCAGAAGUGAAACCAAUAAUUGAAUUGGUAUCUCCAAUGUUGAGUGACUCAAAUCCUAUGAUUAGAUAUGCAGUUUGUCAUGCUAUAGGUUAAAUUGCUGAUGAUAUGAAACCUAAGUUCUAAGAGAACUAUUUACAUUUGAUAGUACCAUAAUUCUUAACCAGAUUAUAAGUUGAAGAUGUUCCAAGAGUUACAUCUCACAUUUUAGCUGCUUUAACUAAUUUUGUUGAAGGAACUGAAAAAGGAAUUGAAUCAUAUUUACAAAAUCUUAUCUAAUUAACAAUCUAAUAUUUGAAUAAUGGAAUUUCUAUUGUAAAAGAAAAUGCCAUGAGUGCUUUGGCAGCUACAGCAGAAUCUAGUAAAUAACAAUUCCUUCCUUAUGUUAAUGAAAUUGUACCAUUAUUAUUCCAAGUCUUCUAGAAUCAUUAAAAUAAAGAAUAUAGAUAAUUGAAAGGAUAAACUAUUGAAACUAUCACUUUAAUAGCUUCAGCUGUUGGCUAACUUGCAUUUUAACCAUUUUUAGCUGAAACAGUUAGAAUUUUAAUCCAAGUCCAAACUAGUCAACUUGAAGCUGUUGAUCCUUAAAAAUCUUAUGUCCUCUCUGGAUGGUAAAGAUUAGCCUUGGUAUGCCCAUAAUAAAUUGCUGUAUACCUACCCGAAAUCAUCCCAUCAUUAUUCCAAUUAGUUUAAUAAGUGUUCAAAGUACAUACAGGAACUGGAGAUGAAGAAUUCCAUACUUAUGAUAACGAGGAAGCUGAAGUCGCCAUUCAUAUGUUGUCAGUAUUCAUUGAAGAGUUGAAAGAAUCCUUCUUCCCUUACUUUGAUUCAUGCACCUAAUUGAUUGUGCCUCUUUGCAAUUUCAAUACCGAUGAAAACAUUAGAAGUGCUGCAUGCAAAUGUUUAGUCAGUCUUAUUGAAAAUGUUAAGGCUACAAAUAAUGUAUAACAAUUGGUUAACGGAGCUAAAUACUUCUUAGGAAUCAUAUUAGAAGCUGCUCAGAAAGAAUUCGAUCCUAUGGUCAUUAUUGAAUAAGUCGAUUGCAUCAAAGAAAUUAUUGACAUAGUUGGAUAACCAUUCAUGACAACUGAAGAAGUUACUUAACUUUCAGACAAAGUCUUUAAAUUGUUGUUGGAAUCAGACAAGAGAAAGGCUGAGAAUGAAAAAAUGUCAAAGGAGGAAGAUGUUGAUGAAGAUGAAAAGACUGUUAUCAAAGAAGAAACCGAAACUGAAGAAGAACUCCAUGUUAAAAUUGCUGAAUGCAUUGGAUCCAUCUUCAAGACUCACAAAGAUUAAGUAUAACCACUCUAUGAAGUCAUUUGCAAUUAAAUUUUACCCAAGGUCUUAGACCCAACCUAAUCUCCAAAAAUGCACCAAUUUGGUAUUUUCCUUAUUGAUGACAUGGUUGAAUAUUUGGGAUACCCAUAUGUUUAAGGCAAACUCAACGAUUUCGCUUAAGCUUUGACAGUCUAUGCUGUUGAUAAAGUGUGCUUUGUGAGAUAAGCUGCUGUUUAUGGAAUUGGUAUCAUGGCCCUCAAUACACCAGAGUAAUUGUACAUUAAUGUUGCUCCCAUUUUAUCUAAGGCUCUAGUUGAUUCCUUAAAGGUUGACAAGAACCAAGAUGACACAGAAAAAUAACAUGGACACGCCAGAGACAAUUCAAUUGCAGCCUUAGGAAAAAUCAUCAAAUAUUAAUCAAAAUCUUUAGGAGGUGAUCUUGCCUAAGGACUUCAAACUUGGUUACAUUUGUUACCUCUCAAAUAUGAUAAACCAGAGGCUCGUCUUCAACAUGAAUAAUUGGCAGACUUUGUCAUUGCAGAUUGCAAUCAAUUAAUAAAUGGAAAACCAGAAAAUGCUUUAUAAAUUCUCAAAGUUUUUGCUAAUUCUUACAAGACAAAAAGAUCUAGUGAAGCUAUUGAUACAAAGAUUUCAAGUGCCUUGAAAGUAUUUGAAUAAUCCCAAGGACAAAAUGUCUAAGCAAUAUUUGGAAUGUUAAGUCAAGAAGAGUAGAAGAAACUCUUGGAAGUAUCAAAAUGA